AUGUCCUCUACUACCAUCGGCGCAUCGGUGGCCGCGCGUGGUCGGGAGGAUGCCGACGGGGGGACCGGCCAGCAGCACAACGGUGGCCGUCCUAGCGCCGGCAACACCUUAACGGUGGAACCUGGGGUGGUUGUCGAUGAACAAGGCAACAACAAGAGGAAGCGGAAGGAACCGGCUGAGAAACGGGAGUGCUCCAUCUGUACCGAAGAACAUUACACAAAUCGGUGUCCGCUACUUCGUGGCCCCAAACCGACGGUCGCCUACUGUGCCGCUGCGGAGGAUGGGAUGGGUUUUUUCCAAAUACAGGCAGCAAGAAACAAUCAGAUUGUGGACACUUUUCAGGCGUCAGUCGCAGCCCUCAUUACAGUGGAAUCAGGUGAUGUCCCUGCUCACUUGGUACAAGCUGAACUGGCUAGGAUUAUUCCAGUGCGUUGGGAUUGGGAGGCGCAACAGCUGGGGGCAAAAUCUUUUGUUGUCCCAUUUCCAAGCAAGGAAGAGCUAGAUCGUAUGAUAGCUAUCAGGACACUUACAACAAGGAACAAAGAAGGCACUAUCGUAUUUGCUAAGUUCGUUGAUGAUGUUCAACCCAUAAGGUUAUUGGAGCAGGUAUGGGUGACAGUUACUAAGGUACCCAGGGCACUUCGUUCUUUUCUUCCACUUUGGGCAGUUGGGACCAUGAUUGGGGCCACACAUAAGGUGGAUAUGAUACACCUUCGGGCGACUAGACAGGUUCGUAUCCUGGUGGCAGUUUUUGAUGUGAAAAAGAUCCCAAAGUUUGCUGAUGUUUGUGUUGGCAGUGGUAUUUACCGCCUGCUUUUUAAGCCCGAUGAAGCUGUACAGAUUGAUCCAAUUGAUCCGGAGGAUGAUGGUCUGUUGGGUGAUGAUCUUGAUGGGGGCGACCGUGAGAUGGAAGAUGCGGAAGCUCAUAAUCCCCAAAACCCACAGAAUAAUACUAAAGCUUCUGACAAAACAUCAGCACCUCCACAGAAUUUGCCUCAUUAG